AGAGGAUGCCAAAGCUUCCAUUGCUGAAUCAUCAAGGAAUGGUCUGAAAGAGGAAAAUCUGAUUUCUUUCAUAAUGUGACAAAUUAUUUCCAGUGUCUGCAUACUUUGUAAAGAAAUUGCCCUUUAACAAAGCUAGAUGUCACCAAUUCAUUUCUACUUCUCAAGUUAUUUGACUAAUUGUUAUUGAAGAGGCCAAGUUAAACAGUCAAUGAAAUGGCAGCUCGAAGUCGUGUAUUGGAAGCUCUAAGGAGUGUUCACAGAGCGAAACGGGAAGUUUUUGAAGGUGACCCCUAUGCUUUAAAAUAUGUUACAGACAAAAUCAGAGAGGAAUUCAGAAAAAAUAUUCACUUAAAAGAUCCAGCUCAAAUAGAAGAGGCUAUUAUUGUGGCAACAGAUUCUGCUAAGUAUCUACGUUGUUCAGUUGUCCAGCUGAGACAGAAAAACAAAGAUACCUUUGAGCUGCGCCUCACCAAGAACACUGCCACACAAAAGAAUGUACCAUAUGAUCCAACCAAAGAAGUACCUAUGAAACCCAGGAGGAAGAAAUGUUCUCCCGAAACAGAACCUAGCACAACAUAGAACUCAUUUUUUUUUUUUUAAUUUCUUCUUAUGUUAUCUGCCAUGUUGAUUGAUAUAACUGAUAUAUAUUUUUUUAUUUUGGAAAGUUUAUGAAGCAUUUAUAUUUGAAUGAAAGAACUUUGUUUUCUCUUAUUUAAAUAUAACUUCUAGAUUAAUACACAGGCAUGGCUUAGUGUAGGACAUAGUAAUCACUUUUAUUUUUCAUUGAAUGUCUGUAAUUUAUUAAGAAAUAUAGUAUGUUGACCAUGGUGGUAUAAUUAAAUAUAAGACUGAAGGAUCUCACUAUCAAACGCAUUUGUAUUACAGAGUGCGAAGACGAAGAUAUUUGUUAUGUCAUGGCUUUCAGUAAUGCAUUUGGUAAAGUAAUCUCUUGCCAUUUGACUCUUUGAAUUCAUCUUGAUACUUUGUGACAAAUGAAGAAUGUUUGUUUUAAGUUCUAAUACACAAUGACCUCAGUCAGUUCUGUGUCUGACUCAGUUUGCAUUUUCCUUCAAUGACUUUACAUCAGCCUUUUUUUUGUUAAACCUGGAGCUUAUGAUUGAAGCAUAGGCCAACCUUGUUAGAUCACAUUCAAAUCCAUUCAUAAGUAAAGUUCCCCUUUCAGACCUUGUGAUCUAUAGGGCAGAUGGUUUAAAGUUCAUUUGUUUAUGUGGCCCACAGUUAAUCGAUUCAUAUAAAUUAUUAAAAUAACUUUUUAGUCAAAUGGUUGUAGUUAUUUCUCUGCACUUGAAAGAGUGAAGCAUCAAAGAAGUUUUUGCCAGAUAAUGUGAACCCUUCAUUGACUUUCUGGACAGAACAUUCAAUUUGGAAUGUGUAUUUACUUCAGUUAAUUAGUUAAUGGUUACUAAAGCUUAUGAUGUCUACAUGAAAGUAAAAAGUAGGUCAAAUAUUUUUAGAGCCCCCCCCCCCCCCCCGACCUCUUCCCAAGAGAGUAAACUUGAAUUUGUCAAUAAAGUCUAAUUCAGCAGUAAAUUGUUCAAGAAUUAAGCAACUUGGUUAUAAGGAUCAAAUCAAGGUCAUGUUAUGAAUGUGAUGCUUCAUUUUAUUUUUCAAAAAGGCAUUUUUAAUGUGAUCUGGGGUAAAACAUGUGUAAUAUGUAAAAACAUUUGUAGUAUGGUAUAUAGUGUACAAGUGUAAAGAAUCUUCAAUGUUUUACUUUUCAUUCUCAUAUGUACCCAACAUUUUAAAAUUGGAUUCCAUUGUUGAGCAACAUUUGGGCUAAUCUGCAUGUAGAGAUUGAUAAAUUGUAGCAAGAACUUUUGAUUAUGUGUAAUUGCUGAGGAAGUAUGAUAUAUGUUUGGUUAGAGUAUCAAAGGAUGCAGCUUUAGUUCUGUUCAUGACAUUUUGUUUUCCAGUCAUAAAUACCGGUAUGACUAAAUUUAUUUUCUUUCACUUUUAAAUUACAUUCUAAAAAAAACAUGAAUGGAGUUCAGCAUUAAAUGGUGAUUUUAUAUAUUGA